UUCUCUUCGUUUUACUCGUGGUAUUCGACGUAGUGUGUGUUUUGCGGGUGUCCCAUGUGCAUUAUUUACGUGCGUGUUUAAUAUUUCGAAGAUAUUCGAAUAAUUAUUACCGUACGUAAGAAUAGUAAUUUUUAAUUAGUUUUCGUGAUUGUGUAUUUUGUGAGUUUACUCUUAGUACAUUAUUCGAUUCCCAGUGUCGGUUCGUGAAUGUGUUUUCUCCUUGAAUGUUCGAAUUUUUUUUUAGUGAUUUUCUCGUGUAAUUCGCCGGUAAAAAUUCAUCAAGUUCAAUUUGUGAUUGUUUAAAACUGUGUUGAUAGAGGGUGUCAAAACUGUCAGAAUUAUCGUGGAUAUACUUAGUUCGAAGAUGUUGCUUUGAUGGAUAGAUUCAACUACGGAAUUCUUGGCUGUAUCCGAUGAAAUAAUGAAAUAAUUUCGGAAUUUAAGAACGAAACGAUUUUUUUUUCAACGACGAAGACACCUACUCAAAGUACAUUACGUAAUGAUGUUAAUUGAAAACAUUACCUGCCUUCUGGAAGCGAUUAAUUCAAAACAUCUGUAAUAUGUCUAUGAACGGCAGCGUUCUAUCUCCGUUGCAACGCGAUGCGAGCUGUAUGUCUGAGUUGAAAUCUACGUCGAAAUGCUUGAGAAUGCAUUUGAAUAGCCUUUGGUCCAUAUGGUACGGUAUUUUCAUCACCUUGUUGAACGGUUACAUCGCCGUCGAAUGUUCCAAACGGUUUUUCGAUUAUCUGGAUCAAUUGAAAUCGGGCGAUUCGAUGGCGUACCAGUAUGAAUUACACACGUGCAUAGGAUUAACCGGAUUCUCGGUACUUUUAAUACCGUUCUUUUUCGCGUCAGCUUUAUUCAAAGUCGGUAAUUUGGCCAACGAUGGAUUUAAACUCGGUAAAAAUCUCAGCACGUGUAGCGCCGAUUCGCAAAACAGUGUGGUAAUCACCGGACGAAAUGGGUAUCACCGUAUGUGGCAACAUUGUGGUCCAACCGCAUCGCUGUUCCAUUUGAUGAUGGCGUUUUGUUUUUUGAUACCGAAACUCAUAAUCGAAGCGAGAUCGAUACAGACUGGUGUGUUUCCAAAAAGUAUGAUAUGGAAAACUGAUCUAGACUUUCUCAUUCCACACGAACCUUUAGCACCAGUUUCAUUAAACUUCACGACAUCGCUGAGUGUACCAACUUCGUCAAUGGCAACAACCAUUGCAAACUUGCAACCUAAAUCGUUACCUUUAUCAGUCACCCCUGGCCAGGAAAUACUCAUCAGUGAUGAUACAAAUUUCGGAUCUGUAUCUAUCGAGUUUCUGAAUUAUGCGCUGGCUCUGUUUAUUUAUUCGGUCCGAUAUCCGUCCGUGUUCUGGAGUACGAAUAAAUAUUUCGGGAUUUUGUUCUCGCUGCAGUUGCUGGUCAACAGCGUUCAGUGCUUGUUAAUGCAUGCUGGAGUGUGUAUUUUGUAUAAGGUUCACGUCGUCGGCGCCAAAGAAGCCAUACCAUUGUUGAAUCUAAGACUAAGUAAAUGGGCACUGAAAUUCGGCACGCCGUUCAUUUUAAAUAAAGAAGUCACCAUCGCCUUAUACGUUAUGUCAGUCAUUUUAAUAUUGGUUUCCAGUUUAGUUCUAUAUUUAUACGGAUAUGGAAGAUUGAACUCGUUCCUGAAUCGAGAAAAAGCUCGGCGUAUAAUUUCGUUAAAAGAUUCUUAUUCAGGACGCACAUGGGGAUACUUUACACAUUGUGCUGCGUUAUGUAUUCUGGUAGCGAUCGGCGUAUGUGAAGCUCCGUUGUUAUACGAUUUCACGUUGAUAUAUCGCGGAAGCGUAGAUAUGAUGGUUUUAACCGUAAUAUUAUCUUCGAUAUUGCAUUUAUUCAUAUGGGUACUUCUGUGGUUGAUUUUAACGCUAAAACAGCAUUGGGAGUUUAAAUUACACGUCACCGUUGGCCACGCUACCGUCAGGUCGGCCCAUUCGAUUAGGUUAAUUACCGACGUUCAGCUCAUGUCGGCCAAUACCGAUCCGGUAAAUGCUCCUUUACUGGUGGUCGGUCAUGGCAGAACGUAUACCAUAUCGGAACCUAAUUCCAAAAAAGCCAUCAUGACUGUUAUACAAAAAACUACCAUGGAGAAGAAAUUAAAAUGUGGGCAAGCUGGCGGUAGCAAAAACAUGACUGAUGACGAAGAGCAAAUUUAUUGGCUGAGGCCAAAAUCAAGAACACCGAGAAAUUCACCCGAUUCUUCGAGUUCUGAAACACGUUUUGGAUGGUUUACGAAGAAGAAAGGUGAAAAGGCAACUGUUGAAGAAAUGGCAGUACUGACGAAAUCGAGUAGUCGAAAACAGACUGCGUUAUGUCCAGAAGAUGAGGGCGACGGUGAUUACGUCAGAUUAAGGGAACUUCCUGGUAUCGGACACGUUGCCACGAUUACGAGAGCAGAUCACAGCGACGAUACUGCUUCCGAAGAUAAUAAGCUUUUGGAAUCUGUGAGAAACGAUAGGAUCACUUACGCAAGUGUAAAUAAAGAUUUACUAAAUCCAGUUUCACGAGAGUACGAAGAUCCUAGUCCAUUGCUCACGCCAGAGCCCCACGAUCAUGAUGAUCUGCCUCCCCCACCGCCAGAGUUAUCCGUUGGUUUGAAUCAAUGUCAUAUGGCUCAAGCAAGCAUCGAACAUCAGGAUUUAUCGAAAUGCCUACACCGAAGCGACUCCGGAAUGCCGCCGGAAGAAAUACCAUCUCAUUCAGAUUCUGAAAUAUCCGGUGGCUCACCACCCGACCGUACCUGUUCCAAUAGCGAAACUUCGAGCGGCAUACAUUCCAACUCCAGCCGAGACUCCGAACACCAAAAGCCCCUGGAUCAAAACGCAAUGCCAAUGUUCAACGAAGCAGCUCAAAAAAUCCAUCCUCAGCAGUGGAUCCAGCGCAACAUAAUCCACUCGCCACCACCGUACCAGAAUAAUCGCGUUUAUAAACCUCAGCAGCAUUACGCCGUCGCUAGUAAGACGCCAGUCAUUAACGAAGUAGCUGAAGAAACGACGGUAGUAAUUAGACGUAAAAAUUCGGUCAAUUUAAAGUCACCGAUCAUGAGCUCAGAUGUGAGUGGUGACCGGUUCUGUAGAUCGACCAAUAUGCGUAUGACAUCGUUCACCGAUCACCCGGAGCAAAAUAAGUUAUCGGCUACUCUGCCUCAUUAUCCGACAUCUCAGCCGGUUGGUUUACCUUAUCAACACUGCUCGACGAUGCCAUUACCUAUUAGUAAUCCUAAUUGUAAUAUGCUUGCCAACGGUGGCAGUUGUAGUUCGUUUCCUAGACCUCAUACCACUAUACCUACCCAUCAUAAUGGUAUUCGUUUAUGUAACCAAAAUCAAGUCAACCCUUAUACUAAAUUCCCGUUACCGGUACACCAUGGUUACCCAUCAGCACUAGAAAAUCAACACUGUGCCUUAAAAACUAGUCAUCACACCUUCCCUCAAAUACCCGUCCAUCCGGCUAAAUACAAUUUACAAAGGAAUGCCGAACGAGAUUCGGCUAAUUUCUCAAUGGGAUCGAGUGGCGAUUCGGAUGUCUGUAAUGGAACAGCUGUAUCGUAAUGGCAGGCUCGUUAUAUGCUUUAAUGUAGCAUUCUAGAUGUUUAUAUCAUUUUCGAAUGUAAAUAGGUACCUAUUUAUUCGGUAAUUUUCUUGUUUAUACGCUUUUUAUAUCGAUCUUCGGUAGAUUUUUUUCCUUCAACGUGUAGAUCUUUAGAGUAUUUUUUUUUUGUGAUGGAUCUAUGAUGCUUUUAAACGUACUGUUUUAUUUUUUUACGUUUUUAAUUAUUUCAUAUUGAUUUAUAUACUCGUACGUUGGGAAAUUGACUGUCAUUUUUACUGGGGCGGUGCUGCUUAUUUAAUGCAUCUGACUUCUGAGCAACUUGGAACAAUAAAAGAAAUAUUUUCAGUUCGACAGACUGGUUUUAUAAUGUGUAAAAAUUUUAAUUUUUUUUAAAUGAAUUUUUUUGAUAUAUAUAUAUUUUUUUUAAAAACGAAAUCGGCACUGCCUUAUUUUUCUUUUUUU